AUGGCCAACCCAGGCAGAGAUCGCAAAACAACGCUGCGACCCCGCGGGCCGGGAGCGCUGGGAGAGGAGGGCCCUGCACGGGGCCGCCUUGUGCCGCGCAGAAACUCAAACCGGCGGCCGCCUCCGCAGCCAAUGGGCCCGCGGCGCUGCCCGCCGCCCGCCAAUGGGAGCGCGUCGCCGGAGCGGGGCGGCGCGGCGCGGCGCGGCAGGGCGGCGGUAACUCCCGGUGCCGCGGAGGCGGCUGCGAUGGCCCCGGAGCGCGGCUCCCGCGUGUCCUCCCCCGGGCUGCUUCCCGCCGGCACCGAGGGGCUGCCCAGGGCCUUCCUGCAGAGCCUGCGCACCCUCUUCGACAUCCUGGACGACCGGCGGCGGGGGUACGUGCACCUUCGGGAGAUCGAGUCCCGCUGGCAGGGCGCGGAGGCUCGCGAGCUGCCCGCUGGCGUGUUGGAGGGGCUGCGGCGGGCGGCGCCGCCCAGCGGGUACCUCACCUUCGAGCGCUUCGUCCUGGGGCUGCGCGCCGCGCUGCCCGGCGCCGACGGCGGAGUCCCGGGCAAGGGCAGAGCCCCGGGGCGCGGGCGCGGGGAGCCGCGGGACAAGGAGCGGGGUCGCGGCCCCGCCGUCAGCGCCUCGCGGAGCCUGGAGAAGCUGCCGAGCCCGCAAGCCAACGAGGAGCGGCGCGGGCAGAGCGCCGGACACCGCGAGCCGGAGUCGGGUCCGGGGCAGCCCCGCGGCCGAGGUAUUGAUGUUAAGUCUGCUGGGCAGUCGCAGGGAGAUGGUGGACAUGCAGGUACUGGGGAUAUUCGGAGACAUCAGAGGGGACGUGCGGAACACCGGAGACACACUAUUGCCAACAGUGUGGACUUUGGCAUGCUGAAGCAUAUGAAGGAGCUGGAACAGGAGAAAGAUUUCCUGCUUCAGGGUCUGGAGAUGGUUGAGCGUGCCCGUGAGUGGUACCACCAGCACAUCUACUUCAUGCAAGAACGCCAGAGGCUCUUGGGGAAAAACAAAACCAGCACUGACUUCUUCCCUGAUGGCAGCCAGAGCCACCUGGGACGCCUGAUCCCCAAGCUGCAGGAGGUGAACCGCUGCCUGGGUGACCUCCUGUCAGCUGUGGGCAAGCCAGGGAACCCCUCCUUAGCUCUGAACAGGCUGGCCCCUACUGCCUCUGCGGCAUCCCCAGCCUCAGCAGGCUCCCAGCAAGCCAUCAACAUGCUGAAGGAGCAAAACAGGCUUCUCACCAAGGAGGUGACUGACAAGAGUGAACGCAUCACCCAGCUGGAACAGGAGAAAUCUGCUUUGAUCAAACAGCUCUUUGAGGCACGUGCCCACAGCAACCACGAAAUGAGCCAGCUGGACUCCACCUUCAUCUAGCAUGUCUCCCAGCACUCCUGACCCCAUAUUGAGCUUCUCCAGGGGGUUGGUGGGGCUGAGGCUCUUGCCCUAAAACCAUUCUGUCCAUUGCUCCCAGUGUUCAUCUCAAGGCCCAUGGAGGCCUGGAACUGCCCAUGGUGUCUCUGUGGGAAGAAGCUGGGGACAGUGCUUCCCUGACCCUGCUUGGGCAGGCCUUGGGAGUCCCCUCCCUGCUGUGCUGCUGCACGUGGCCAGCAGCACUGCUCACAAGCUGCUCCUGUUCUAAACUGACUGCAGUUGACUGCUCCUCCACCUCCUGAUCCCCAGUGUGUCAGGUGGAAACAGCUGCUGCCCUUACUGUCUGAAUGGGCAGAGGUGGGGGAGAGCUGCUGUACCCUAGGCCUGACCUAGGCUGAAUUCUGGCUGCUCUUAGAAAAAGAUAAUGUAUCUUUAACAUUCCAUCUGGCAUUCCCAGGCAAGCCUGGCCACUGGAGUGCAUCCUGUCUGCUUGUCCCUCUGUCAGAGAACAGGAUUGAAAAUCUGUAAUGGGGCGUGCCUAGUUCCUCCUUGCUGCCUGUGUUCUGCCUGCCGGUGGAACCAGACUGGGCUAGAGCAGUGCCUGAGCUGGUGCUCCUCCUGGGAUAAUCCUUUCCAGUUUGCCGUAGUGAUGCCAUAGUCGCUGUUUACGCAUCUGCAGGCUCCUGUAGUUGAUGAGCUAUAGACCUGGAUCAGGUAACCUGUACCUCUGAGCUGCUCUUUCGGGCUGUUUGCAGAUUGAGGCAGAUACCUCUACCUCUCUUUAUUUUCCUGACCUGGCAAACAUUUCCUAAUGACAGCCAGACUUACAUUUUUUUCAUGAUGACUUUAAAAGGAGAAGUUACAUCUUGCAGCAUGAGCCUGAUUUCACAGUGAAGCUUUAGAACUCUGUUUCUUAUUUAACUGAAUGUGGGUGGGGGAGAGGAGGCUGAUGGUCUCUUUCUUUUGCACAUCUCCAAGUGGAGAAAUCGCAGCUCUGCUUGACCUGGUGGUAUGUGCAGACCACCCAGAGUGGCGUCCUGGGUGUGAGCUGCACCCUUAUCCAGCUUCUCUGGAGUGGUGGUGUAAGCAUGGGUCAUGUUAGACUGAUGUGUCUUGGGAUAACUCCUCCUUUCCGUGCAGCUCAGCGAUGGGGCUUGACCAGAGCAAUAUUUUCCAGUGUGGCUUGGUACUUGGUUUUGAUGGUACUUCUGUAGGUGAUCGGUGUGAAACUCCACAUAGCGCAGCUCCGACCUUUCUCUUCAGCAUUGUUUUGUGCUCGGACACUCCUGGUGCAGUGCCAUGGCGCAAUGCACCAAGCUGUGCAAAAUGUGCUGGGCCUGUCCUGCUGUGCCAGCUUCAGCUCUGUUAGGCUGGGAACCAUGCAGACCAACUCCUCUCCCACUCCUGACAAGAUCCUUUUUCUCAUUGAGUGCGGUUUGUUCCACCCAACUCUCUGAGGCUGACCUUGACCUGAAGCUCACUGCACAGCAUUCAGUUCCUGCUCUUCCCUUGCACCUGCUGCCAGAGUGGGGAUCAGCAAAGUGCUGAGAGGAAGGAAGAGCAAGACCAGGGUGAGUCACGUCCCCUAUCUGCAGGAGUAGGGUGUUAGUUAUCCCCUGAGCACCAGCGCCUGCCAUCCCUUUCAUGAUGCCACCUCUGUUGUCUGGUGCCUGUUUUACCUGAGGUUUAAUGAAAAGUGACUCUCCUCAUAACAUGUCUUUAGGGAUAAUAAAGUGGAGUGAACUAUUUAACUUA